GCAUUCCCAUUUCCUCUGAGUGCUCACUUUUUCCCAGGCUCCCCAGUCUGGGACACAAAAGUCUCUCUCUACAGUUUUUGUUUCACUCUGCUCAGAAGCUGUCAUUGCUUAAGACGUUUUGAAGAGUUAAUGUGUAUCUCUAUUAACAGACUCAAAGAAAUGACACCUCUUCAGUCUUGGGGUCUCUCCCUCCUUCUGGCUUUGCUUGCACAAUAUUCAAAUCCGAUGGAGGACAAUAAGAUUCACAGUCUGUGUAUGGGAAGCCCAGGUAUCCCAGGUUCUCCGGGAUUGCAUGGCAGGCCAGGCCAACCAGGUAGAGAUGGCAGAGAUGGGAGAGAUGCACCCCUUGGGGAGAAAGGGCAAAGAGGAGAUCGUGGAGAGCCUGGAGAGCCAGGCAUGAGGGGCCUGACUGGGGACAGAGGUGAUCCAGGAGAGAAAGGUGAGAGGGGACCCUCAGGAGAAUGUGCGGUGGCUCCUAAGUCAGCAUUCAGUGCCAAGUUGUCUGAAUCCCUCACCAUGCCAUUACCAGUAGGGGAUGCAGUACGCUUUGACAAAAUCAUCCUAAACGAGCAGGGUGAUUACAACGCAGAGACCGGACGCUUCACAUGCAGGGUGCCAGGUGUUUACUAUUUUGCCGUCCAUGCCACUGUGUACCGUUCAAGUCUACAGUUUGACCUGAUGAAGAAUGGACACGCCAUGGGCUCCUACUUCCAGAUGUUUGGCAACUGGUCCAAGCCAGCAUCACUGUCUGGAGGCACUAUGCUGCACCUGAUUCCCGGCGAUCAAGUGUGGGUGCAGAUGGCUUUGGGCGAGUAUACCGGCUUUUACUCAAGCCCCAAGACAGACAGCACCUUCAUUGGCUUUCUGGUGUACUCAGAUUGGAAAAACUCUGCUGUAUUUGCUUAGAUUUGAGGUACCAGAGGCCUUGUUAUGAUGAGCUGUGUGUUGCUUUGGUUGUAAGCCCAAAGAGGUAAUGGAGAAGCAUUCAUGCGUAGUCGCAGAUGUUCUUUGGUUUAAUGACUUCACCAAAGCCCAUUAUUAAAACCCAUUUUCAGGCAAGGCUGUAACAUUACUGCUUUACACUCCAUACCCUGUAUACCAGCCUCCAAACCCCAUAAAGCUACCCAAUCAUACACACACACACACAGAGACACACACACACACAGACACACAACACUCUGUUUGAACUGAGACAAGCUUUCGCCAACUGCUUUUGACACUUUUUUUUUUAUUACAGAAAUUCAACAAAUGAGAAGUUCAUUUCCAUGAAUGUUUAAACCCCUUGAGAUUAUUGCUCAUCAGUUAUAACAGACAUUACAUGCUUGAAACAGUCUGACAGUGUCUGAGAUCAGACUCUAACUCUUAUAUACGCAUCAUGAAUCAUUCUUGGAUCAUUCCAAUGUUGAUUUUCAGUCAUUACACUGUGGGUGAGCUCACAGACAGAGAACCAGAUUAAUAAGGGAAUAAGGUUACAGCAUUUCUCUUCUGUUUCAUAGAAAUAAAUUUCCUCAUUGUUUAUUAUUAUUAUUAUUAUUAUUAUUAUUAUUAUUAUUAUUAUUAUUAUUAUUAUCAGUAGUAAUUACAUUAAAGGGCUAUACUUCUAUGGAACUUUCAAUUGUUCAUUAAGCUGUGAGACAUCACUUAAAUAUUCAUUUCCUUCUUGACGUUUUGGUUGGUGAUGUUCCAGUAUCUUCAAUUUUAAGUUGAACGAUAUGGGUUUUUAAAUAACUGAUGCCAAUAAUGCAAAAGAGACAAACCGAAAAUUGGUGAAACUAAAUGAAUCAGCUUCUCCUUGUGUCUGUUAAAAUGUCUGCCAGAUGCUGUGUUCAUGUCUGAGUGGGUUUUUUUUUGUGCCAGGAUUAGUAAGAAUGUCCUGAAAUGCCCUCAAAAGUGGCUUGUCACAUGUCAAACGGUAAGAUUUAUUGGCUUGCAAUAAAUACUUUAUAUCCAUCA